AUGUCACUGACGACAACGUGGACGCAGGCUGCAUCAAUAUUCAUCGACCUAUGCAUGCCGUUCGCCGUUCUGGCCGACGUAUCCAUCUACCGUACCUUUGGGCAAAAAUCGUCACUCUGCCAUGUGUUUCUGAUGUCGAUGCAAAAUAUGUUCCUCUGCAACAUCUUCAUGUACCUGAUCGAGUUGCUGUUCAAGGACCCGGCAAGCUUCGGCUGGUUCAUCCCGUUUUGGCAGUGGAGCGGGAAGGUGGUCGGCAAAUUGGUCGUCUCCACGCUGCACGCCUGGGGCAACUCGAUGCUCCUCUUCUCCAUGGUGAUCGCCUUCUCGCGCAUGUGGUGUAUUGUAUGGCCCGUGUCGUUCAAGAAGAAAUGGUCGGUGCGCAAUGCACGCUACGUGAACGCCGUCGUCUGGGGGUAUUUGGUGGUGCAAAGUUUGCAUAUAUGGAUCUUUGUCGACUGCCGCUCAUAUCCAAAGACCAACAUCUCCUACACGUUCAACACGGUGACGCCGAACAUUUUGCUGAACUUGCAGUCGACCUAUCUGCGGAAUAUCGUCUUGAUUUUCACAGUCCUUUGCUACAUCAUCCUCGGCGGCUACUUGAGAAGCUACUCGAGGAUGGCCAACAGCACGCUGUGGCGGAAUACGAAACGGAUCAUCAUCUCCCAACUGCUGAUCGUAAUCCCCAGGGUGAUCCUCUCCGGCUUCACAAUUUACGCCAACCUGGAGGCGUUCUUUCCCGAGCUCAACCUCGUGCCGCUUGACCUCGAGUUCUACUAUUUGAUCAUCAAGCUCGGGAACGUUGGCUACGGCAUCCUCGCCAGCAUCGUCAUUUUCUACGUGUUCCCUCAGACGUGGCAGCCCUUCAAGCGGGUGAUCUGCCGCAACGCGUCGCGAUCGACCGAUAAGCACAGCCAGGCCGGCUCGGCGCCGACAUCCGUCGUGAACGUCACCAAUCUGGCCCAGCCCCGAAAUCGCUCACCACCUACUGUGGUUACCGUAUCCACCAUCGACUCGCAAUUU